AUGAGGUGGGACUGCAGUUGCCAAGCAGCCAGCACUGUCCUUUGCAGUGGGGUCUACAGCCAUUCAAAGUACUGUACAGGGCCUUCGUCGGAAGUUCCUACCCAAGAUGGUGAUUCCACUGAAGCAACUGCCAAACCAAAGAGAAGCUUUUAUGCUGCAAGGGAUUUAUACAAAUAUCGGCACCAGUACCCACAGAACUUCAAAGAUAUCCGAUAUCAAAAUGACUUGAGUAAUCUUCGUUUUUAUAAGAAUAAAAUUCCGUUUAAGCCAGAUGGUGUUUACAUUGAAGAAGUUCUAAAUAAAUGGAAAGGAGAUUAUGAAAAACUGGAGCACAACCACACUUACAUUCAAUGGCUUUUUCCCCUGAGAGAACAAGGCUUAAACUUUUAUGCUAAAGAACUAACUACAUAUGAAAUCGAGGAAUUCAAAAAAACAAAAGAAGCAAUUAGAAGAUUUCUUCUGGCUUAUAAAAUGAUGCUGGAAUUUUUUGGAAUUAAGCUGGUUGAUAAAACUGGGAACGUUGCUCGGGCUGUUAACUGGCAGGCAAGAUUUCAGCAUCUGAAUGAGUCCCAGCACAAUUAUUUAAGAAUCACCCGUAUUCUUAAAAGCCUUGGUGAGCUUGGAUAUGAAAGUUUUAAAUCUCCUCUUGUAAAAUUUAUUCUUCAUGAGGCUCUUGUGGAAAAUACUAUUCCCAAUAUUAAACAGAGUGCUCUGGAGUAUUUUGUUUAUACAAUUAGAGACAGAAGAGAACGGCGAAAGCUCCUGAGGUUUGCUCAGAAACAUUACACGCCUUCAGAGAAUUUUAUCUGGGGUCCCCCUAGAAAAGAACAGUCGGAGGGGAGCAAAGCCCAGAAAACACCGGCCCCUCCCACCUCUAGUCAUAACAGUCAGACUUCUAUGCACAAAAAAUCUAAGGACUCCAAAAAUUCCUCCUCAGCUGUUCAUGGAAUUAGCAAAACAGCUGAAGAAAAAAAAGUGGCACCAGAAGAGCCUGGGGAAGAGUCAGACAGGCCCAGCCCAGAGCCUAGCCAUGAAGAGGCCAAGCCAAGAAACACAGAGAAGGAUGACAAUGCCGAAAAUUCAAAUUCCCCACCGGAAAAAACAGUUAUAAAUCCCACAGGAAAAACGGAGAGUACACCUCCUCCGGAAGAGGAUGAAGAGGGCGAAAAUCACGACACAGACUGUAAAAAUGCUGGAAGUACACGUUGCCAAGAGGAUACACCCUCACAGUGAAAGCCACUCACCAGUUUAGGUAAGGGAGGAAAAAACUACUGUACAGUCCAUCCUAAAGAACAGCGAUGAGGUUACAUUUCAAAUUUUACUGAUCUGCUUUUGCUUUCUGUUGUAACCAUUUUAUUGUUGCUUGUUUUUUUAUUGUGGAUGACAAUGAGAUGAAUACUUAACAAGAAGUUUUAAGAAAAGACCCAAUAAAUGAGUGCUUUCUAUAA